ACUGGUUCCCUCUGCUUCCGCGGGGCCUCCUCAUCUCGCGAGAGGCGUGAGACGCGGAGAGUGGUUCCAAGGCCGGGAGCCGGCCGGAUCACUGCCCUGACGUAACCUUGGCCGUCCGGCGGAGAACCCUGCGGACUUGUGCUGGGGAAGCCGGUGUGAGGGACCGCGCCUGCCCUGCUCGCCCUGGGCUGAAGCGGUGGCUCCUGGCUUUCCUAAGCUACCUCGGGCACUGCGCGGGAAAAGCCCUGAGCUGAGGUCCGGAGAACGCAGGUCUGGGACUCGGUGCUACCCGGAGCCAGCUGUUGUGACCUUGGGUCUCGGUUCCUCGGAAGUUUCGGUCUCUGAGCGGCCGGGGCCGCUCGCUGCAGAACGUUGGGAGCUUUUAGGCUCGUCAACACCACAGGAAUGGCAGCAUUUGGGGUUUCAGCUGGCCAGCUGGUGGCAGUCAUCUGGGAUAAGCCAGCCCCUGUGGAGACCCUGAAAGAUCUAGUGGAUGAACUGCAAGGGUUAACUGGCAGUGAGGACCAAGUAUCUGUGGAAAACAUCCAUCAGCUGCUACAGUCUGCCCACAAGGAAUCCAGCUUUGACAUUAUUUUGUCAGGUGUAGUCCCAGGAAGCACUACUCUGCACAGCGCUGAGGUUUUGGCAGAGAUGGCCCGGAUCCUUCGGCCUGGAGGGUGUCUUUUUCUGAAAGAACCUGUAGAGACAGCUGUAGCUAACAAUAGCAAGGUGAAGACCGCAUCUAAAUUGUGCUCAGCCCUGACUCUUUCUGGUCUUGUGGAAGUGAAAGAGCUGCAGAGGGAGCCCUUGAGUCCCGAGGAGAUGAAGUCUGUCCGGGAGCAUCUGGGUUACAGUAGUGACAGUCUGCUAUCAAUUCAGAUCACAGGCAAAAAGCCCAACUUUGAAGUGGGUUCUUCUAGUCAGCUCAAACUUUCCAUGACCAAGAAGGCGUCUCCUUCAGUGAAGCCUGCUGUGGACCCUACUGCCGCUAAGCUCUGGACCCUCUCAGCCAAUGACAUGGAGGAUGACAGCAUGGAUCUCAUUGAUUCAGAUGAGCUGCUGGAUCCAGAAGAUUUGAAAAAGCCUGAUCCUGCUUCCCUGCGGGCUACUUCCUGUGGAGAGGGGAAAAAGAGGAAGGCCUGCAAGAACUGCACCUGUGGCCUUGCAGAAGAACUAGAGAAGGAGAAGUCAGAAGCACAGAAGAGUUCGCAGCCCAAGUCGGCCUGUGGAAAUUGCUACCUGGGUGACGCAUUCCGCUGUGCCAGCUGCCCCUACCUAGGUAUGCCAGCCUUCAAGCCCGGGGAGAAGGUGCUGCUGAGCAAUAGCAACCUGCAUGAUGCCUAGGAGGCCCCUGCGGCCCUGUCUACUCCUCCAAAGCUUCUCCUGACCCUCUCCUCCUGCCUCCUCGGGACUAGGACUCACUCACUCUCUGUUGGGAAUCUCUGAAAUCAUUUUUGGAGAGUACACUUGUAGACAGCGGGAGGCUGGCUGUGAUGCAGUGGUGUUAGUGCUGCUGUCUCCUGAAAGACCAAGGCACAGUGGGGCCUGGCUCCCAGCAGCAGGCCCUGCCUCCUCACUGAGUGUUAGGUCCUCAUGAUAAAGCACUGACCAUGCUCUCUUGAGCCCAGACAUCUGCAGUAUUUAUGCUCUGAAGCUCGGUGACACCGCCACCUACUUGUCCUUCUGAGUUGGUGGGGCAUUCGGUAUACACUCUUGGUGACUUGAGUCAACCGUCCCAUGACCUCAGGGCGCCAGAGGAGUCACUUGCUGGUAACUGUGAUCCCAUCCUGUGUCCCUCUGUCCCAUUCCACCCCUGUCUGUGUCUGUUGUCAUUUCUGUGUUACAUAUUCACAAAGAGGUGUGUAGGUGCAUGUGGUGUCCAUGCAUCAUCCGUGCUCUGCCUGGGCUGGGAAACUUUUUGGAGGAACUUGGUGGCCCGCACAGUGAGGCCAGCGCCGUACUUGAGAUUAGCACCUCUUCUUAGGGGAGUCCAGGUUGGGAAGAAGCAGGGAAGACUGAACCAACAGCACUCUUGCUGUGUUCUUGCUGUGCAACCCACAGACCCAGAACCAAUCUUGCCAAAUACUUGGCAAGAUUGUGUGGGUUUAAGAGACCUGGAUUUUUGUUUCACCAAUAAAUAAGUGUUAAUUGG